GUUCUAGAUUCUGAUAAAGAGUGGCACUUCGCACACCGCGGCCUGCCCCAAGCCCGUCCCAGACGCUCCAUCGCGCACGCACGUAUCCUAAAACAACAUCCUCUCGUUCACGCUGCAGUCCAACAAACCGGCUUCAAGCGCGUGAAGAGAGGGUUUCGUCCCCUCCGCCUUCCCGAGACCGUUCCCGCUGCCGAGCCCCGCGACCCCUACUUCCCCUUGCAAUGGUACUUGAAGAACACCGGCCAGAAUGGCGGAAAACCCAAACUCGACUUGAACGUGGAAGCUGCGUGGGCGCAGGGGUAUACCGGGGUUAAUGUUACCACUGCUAUUAUGGAUGACGGAGUGGACUACAUGCAUCCAGACCUCAAAUAUAAUUAU